GCGCCAGAGGAUUUGUCUGAGGAAGGAGGCUGUAGCGAAGGACUCAGUCAACGAUAAAGAUUUCAAACUUGGACAUAUUUUUCUUCUGGAAACAGUAACUGGAUUAUUUCGAAAGGGAGAGGGAGAUAUUUUCCAGCUGUCUGUUGGGGAACUGCAGCCAUGGCUUCAAACAACUCCAGCGGAGUUAAACGAGAGGAAAAGGGGAGAAACAUCCAAGUGGUUGUCCGAUGCAGGCCAUUCAACACCAUAGAACGCAAGUCGUCCUACGGCGUCAUUGACUGUGAUCAAAACAGGAAGGAGGUGAUCGUGAAGACGGGAGGCGUGAACGACAAGGCUUCCAGAAAGACGUACACGUUUGACAUGGUGUUUGGACCGGCUGCCAAACAGAUUGAGGUUUACCGCAGUGUUGUCUGCCCCAUCCUGGACGAGGUCAUCAUGGGAUACAACUGCACUGUUUUUGCUUAUGGCCAGACUGGAACAGGAAAGACUUUCACUAUGGAAGGGGAGAGGACUCCAGACGAACAGUUCACAUGGGAGGAGGAUCCUUUAGCGGGCAUCAUUCCCAGAACCCUGCACCAAAUCUUUGAGAAGCUGUCUGAGAACGGAACAGAGUUCUCUGUUAAAGUGUCUCUACUGGAGAUCUACAACGAGGAGCUGUUUGACCUGCUCGGCCCCAGCGACGACGUCAGUGAGCGACUGCAGCUCUUUGAUGACCCCCGCAACAAGCGGGGGGUGGUGGUGAAGGGUCUGGAGGAGGUGACGGUGCACAACAAAGAUGAAGUUUAUCAGAUCCUGGAGAAAGGAGCCGCCAAGAGGAGGACAGCGUCUACGCUCAUGAACGCCUACUCCAGUCGCUCCCACUCGGUGUUCUCAGUCACCAUCCACAUGAAGGAGAUCACACUGGAUGGAGAAGAGCUGGUCAAGAUUGGAAAACUCAAUCUAGUGGACUUGGCUGGCAGUGAGAACAUCGGGCGUUCAGGGGCGGUGGACAAACGGGCACGAGAGGCUGGAAACAUCAACCAGUCUCUGCUGACACUGGGUCGAGUCAUCACAGCCCUGGUGGAGAAGAGGCCUCAUGUCCCCUACAGAGAGUCCAAGCUGACCAGAAUCCUGCAGGACUCACUGGGAGGACGAACUAAAACUUCCAUCAUUGCCACCGUGUCACCGUCCUCCAGUAACCUAGAGGAAACCCUGAGCACCCUAGAGUACGCCAGCAGAGCAAAGAACAUCAUGAACAAGCCAGAGGUCAACCAGAAACUCACCAAGAGGACACUCAUCAAGGAGUACACAGAGGAGAUUGAGCGUCUGAAACGUGACCUGGCUGCCACUCGAGACAAGAACGGCGUCUACCUGUCCACAGAAAACUACGAGACCAUGGUGGCUCAGAUCAGCGGCCAUGACGAGCACAUAUCGGAGUACAUCGACCGCAUCGCUGUCAUGGAAGACGAGCUCAAGAAGGUGACUGAGCUGUUUGUGGACAGUAAGACCAGACUGGAGCAGUGCACUAUGGACCUGGAUGAGAAGCAGCAGAGGUUGGAGGAAACGAACCGAGACCUGCAGCAAACCAAGGAGAAGCUGACAGAGGAGGAGUUCGUCUGCUCUGAGAUCAGCACAGCACACGAAAACCUCUACAACACAGCUGGACAGCUUCUGAGUACAGUCAACGCCAGCACCAGUGAUGUUUCAGGUCUGCAUGACAAGCUGGACAGGAAGACAAAGGUGGAGCGACACAACAGGCAGAUCCAGCAGAUGUUCGCUGAACGGAUGAACGGCGCCUUCAGCAACAUGCAGCUCUGUGUUCAGCAGCAACGAUCCAAACACCAGCACAUGCUGAGCAGCUACGCACAGGCCAUCGAUGGACUGGUCGUGAUGAACGAGGCGGCACUGAAAGGCGCUCUGAGCACCGUGGAGGCAUUUGUGGGCGGAGUCGGACAGCUGGUGGCAGAGGGCGUGGCCCGCUGCAAAGACAGAGUGCAGCAGCAGGGGGCACUGAGGGAGCAGGACAGGGACAGCGUUCUGCAGCUCCUGGAGGAGCAUCAACAGGACAUGGAGGAGGUCCUGGUGGGCCGGGUUCUGAUGGGUCUGGCGGCGGUCCAAGAGCUCGGCGACACCCUGAAGACCACAGUGGAAGCGCAGCGAGACCUGGCCGACAAGGUGGAGGCCAUGAAGCAGGUGGGGGUGUUUCUCAGCGGCCUGGCUCAGGACCUGUCGGGGCUGCGUGAGGCCAGCGUGGAUGGACUGAGCCGGCUGCAGGCUGAACAGGACAAACUGGAGGACGGCAUCAGACAAACGCAGGAAAGACACCAGACGAAUCUGAGGAGGACCAUCCAGUGUCUGCAGGACCAGCUCAACCUGCUGGACAUCCAGACCCAGACAGAAUAUGCAGAUCUACGCUCGGCCUCUAAAGCUCUGCAAACACCUCUGCAGAGCCUCCAGGAGAACAUCAGCAGUGGCUGUAGAUCCGCAGAGCGUUCGGUGUCGUCCCAGGCAGACCUCCUCUCCUCCACCUCCUCCUCCCUGGCCUCCUCCCUCCGUCUGAACGCCGACAACAGCCAACAGACUCUGGAGGAGGUGAUCAACUCCUGCUCCCACCUCCACAGCUCCGUGUCCGGUCUGGUGGAACGUGACCUCCGGUGGAACUCCACAACCCGUGAACACGCUGAGACUAAAGCCCAGGAGCAGCUCACUCUGAUGGGCACGGUGUCCACUGAAGCACAGCGCCUCCAGCAGAGUGUGGAGGCGUUCUGCAGUGAGCAGAGUCGGACGGCAGAACAGGAGCUUUCGUGUCAGCAGGAGGAGGUGAAACGGGCUUCAGCCGCUGCGCAGAAACAGGCCAUCACCGACGGUUCUGCGGUGGAUCAGGAGCAGGUGGAGCUGCAGAACCAGGUGGAGACCGCUCAGCAGACGGUCAACGGCUUCCUGCAGGACGAGCUGCAGCAGGACGUCCCCACCGGUGCCACUCCACAGCGUAGGGACUUUGUGUAUCCUCGGGACCUGGUGAAGUCGCGCAGGCGCAGUGAGCUGUUGGACAGUCUGAGGAGGGAGCAGCAGAAGCUCCAGGCCGCGAUGGAGGAAGAGGAGCAAGACGAAGACGAGGACAACCUGGGCCACGUUGAACAGGACUCUCUGGACGAUGAGCCGAGUACAUGUAAUGAAAGUGUGGCCACGGAGCCGUCCUUCAUCGACGAGAACCUUGUGUUCAAUGAGAGCAAACGUGUUCCCUUCUUCAAGCAAAAAAAAGGUGGCAAGGAGACUAAGAUCCCUCUGAGGCCAAAAAUGGCUGAAAAUGACCCAGAGCGUUCAACGCCGCAGAAGUCCAGGCUGCCCCUCCGCUGCCAGAACUAAAAAAGCUUUUUAUUAGCUUAUUUUUAUUAGCUUAUUUACUUCUACGUUUGUGUGUUUUCUACAUUUUAUUUCAGUGUCUGAAUGUCUGUCUGAAUUUAUUUCUCUUGUCUGAAUGUUAGGAUGCUUUCUCAUGAAUUCCCACUUCUUAGGAAUAGAAAUGUGUUAACGUUUUGAAAAUAAAGAGAUUUAUGGUCGUUUUCUA